AUGGCUUCCCAGACUUUCAAGUUGAACUCGGGAUAUGAGAUCCCUGCCGUCGCCCUCGGCACCUGGCAAUCCGCUCCCGGCGAGGUCACAAAGGCCGUCUCCUACUCCCUCUCCGUCGGCUACAAGGCCAUUGACGGCGCCUACUGCUACGCCAACGAAGAUGAGGUCGGUGCCGGCCUCAAGGAGGCUUUCGCCAACGGCGUCAAGCGCGAGGACAUCUUUGUCGUCACCAAGCUGUGGGCCACCUACACCAUUGGCGACGACAAGGUCAAGGAGGGCCUGGAGAAGAGCUUGAAGAGCCUGGGUCUCGACUACGUCGACCUCUUCCUCGUCCACUGGCCCGUCGCAAUGAACCCCAACGGCAACCACGACAGGUUCCCCACCAAGCCCGACGGCUCCCGCGACAUCAUCCACAGCCACUCCCACGUCGAGACCUGGAAGUCGGUCGAGAAGCUCCUCGACACGGGCAAGGUCCGCUCCAUCGGCGUCUGCAACUACAGCGUAAAGUACCUCGACGAGCUCCUCCCGCAAGCCAAGGUCGUACCCGCCGUCAACCAGAUCGAAAACCACCCGAGCCUGCCCCAACAGGAAAUCGUCGACUACUGCAAGGAGAAGGGCAUCCACAUCAUGGCCUACAGCCCUCUCGGCUCCACGGGCGGCCCCUUGCUGACCGCGGCGCCCGUCGUCAAGAUCGCCGAGAAGCGCGGCGUCAGCGCGGGUACAGUAUUGCUGAGCUACCACGUCGCGCGCGGCAGCACGGUGAUUGCCAAGUCUGUGACGGAGAGCCGGAUCAAGUCCAACUUGGAGAUUGUCAAGCUCGAUGACGAGGAUAUGAAGGAGCUGCGGGCGUACUCUGAUGAUUUGACGGCCAAGAAGGAGCUGAAGCGUUAUGUGUACCCGCCGUUUGGCAUCGACUUUGGAUUCCCGGAUAAGUCGUAG